AUGCCAUUGAUGAGUGCUUUUCUUACACUUUUCACCUGGAUAAUGGUGAUUAUUGUGCUCGUUUCGUUCCUUCUGUGGACUAUAGGUAUGUACUUUCGGAAAAAACAAGGCUCGUUUUUGUACUUUCCAAGUGAACCCCCUAAUAGCCGUAAUAUGUGUGCAUCGCCUGCUGAUGCAGGAAUUCUAAAUUUCGAGUGUGUCUCCAUUUCCACAUUAGACGGCCAAGUAUUGAAGGGGUAUCUUAUGUGGCCUUACCCACCAUCCUCCGCGUUUUCCACUGGAAACGGAAAAGUUUCGGAUGCGCUGUCCACUAAAACUUUCGAGUGCGGGGCGACGCCGCCGUUAGCGCAUGACUCAUCGAACUCCCCGAACGAGAUGCCACCCUUCGUGCUGCUUUUCUUCCAUGGGAACUCUGGAAAUGUUGGGCAUCGGCUCGCCGCCGCUAAGUUGUUCUUAGCCACCCUCAAGUGUGCGGUGUUGAUGGUGGAUUACAGGGGCUAUGGGUUGAGUUCCUCCGCCGCGGUAACGCAGGAGGGCCUGGAGAUCGACGCGCAGGCGUGUUUGGAUUUUAUCAAACACGACGAGCGACUGCCGCAGGAGAGCGUUUACGUCAUGGGCACCAGCUUAGGCGCCGCGGUGGCGCUUCAUCUGGCCGCGAAGCCGCGAAAUGCGCGUAGUAUUUCUGGUGUGAUUGUAGAAAACACUUUUACCUCUAUUAGUGACAUGGUUGUCAUUUUAGCAAACUCUGUGAUACAUCUACUCCGCGUGCCAUGCCCUCGCUUCGCCUUGCUCUGCUUUUCCUACUACGUGCUUCCCCUGACGCUUCACUUGAAAUGGGAAAAUAUAGGUAUCCUUCACAAAAUCUCGGCUCCAAUGCUGUUUCUCUCCGGCCUCAAAGACGAGCUCGUACCGCCGGAGCAGAUGAGGCUGUUAUAUCAGGCUGCCUGUGCGAAAAACCAUAAGGGCAACCCCCUCCGUCGCUUAGUAACCUUUCGAGAAGGAAGUCAUAAUGACAUGCUUCUGUGUGAUGGGUAUUUUCAGGCGAUUUCAGACUUCGUUAACGAUGUAGAGAAAAGUAAAAUCUCUGAUUUCAUUUAA